UUUAUUAUUUGUAUUUUCGAAAGGGGUAAAAAAAAAAAAGGCUUAAAAGAGAGAUCCAAAAGUUACACACUGUAUAUAGCAAAUCCUGAUUGGUAGCAUGGCUGAAACAACUUGGAGCCAUUAAGCCAAGUGUUUGGCUUGACUACACCUAAUUCUAAAACCCAUUACAUUUAAUUUUAUAAAAUUAAAAUUUAAUUAAAAAACUCAAUACUCUAGUUAAAAAAAAAACCCUUAAACUCAACCAUAGUUAAAAAACCCCUUCAGCAGAAACAUCAGGAGAAAGAAAAGAACAAGUCUCAAAGUCUGUUUUACACAAUCUUUCUUUUCUCUCUCACUUCACUCUCCCAUCCACCUUACCUUGUUUUGGUAAACAAACCACCCUUUUCUUCACCAAAUUUCUCUUGCUAAUUUAUCACAUUCAAACCCAUACCAUACAUUACUCUAUUUGUUUCACUUAUUCUUUGUUGUUGCGAAACAGCGGAGGAGGAGGAUGAAGACUAAGAGGUGUCAUUCACAAUCCCAGCCUCCGCCUCCGCUUCCGCGCCGUCGCUGUCGUGUUUCUUCUCCAAUUACUAGUAAUGCUGCUAUUGCUGCUGACUCCUCUAAUGGGUCGCCUUCGUCUCCGUCGUCUUCUUCGUCGUCGUCUUCGUCUUCCUGUAUAGUUGAUUAUCAUAAUCAUAAUGAUGGUGAUAAUGAUAAAAAUAAAAAUGACCAAAUUAAAAUUGAUGACGACGAGAAGCCGGCUAAGCCUAAACGAACUAGAAGAAAGAGAGCACCAAUUAAUCCUAAAACUGAGAAAUGUACCAAUCGUCGUAGCUCCAUUUACAGAGGUGUUACAAGACAUAGAUGGACAGGAAGAUUUGAAGCACAUUUAUGGGAUAAAAGUUCUUGGAAUAGCCUUCAAAACAAAAAAGGAAGACAAGUUUAUUUGGGAGCAUAUGAUAGUGAAGUAGAUGCAGCUAGGACAUACGAUCUAGCGGCACUUAAGUAUUGGGGACCAGAGACGACAUUAAAUUUUCCAAUAGAAAAUUAUACGGAAGAGGUUGAGGUCAUGCAAAAUGCGUCCAAGGAAGAGUACUUGGCGUCAUUGAGACGGAGAAGUAGUGGAUUUUCGAGGGGUGUUUCGAAAUAUCGUGGCGUGGCUAGGCAUCAUCAUAAUGGGCGAUGGGAGGCACGAAUCGGGCGCGUUUAUGGGAACAAAUACCUCUACUUAGGCACUUUCAGUUCACAAGAAGAAGCUGCUGCAGCAUAUGAUCUGGCUGCAAUAGAGUAUAGAGGCCCAAAUGCGGUGACUAAUUUUGAUAUUAGCAAUUACAUUGGUCGUGUGAAGAGUCUUAUGCCAAAGGUUGAAUCAGAGGAACCAAGUCCCAAACAAACAGAAGUUGCAGUGCCAAAAUUUCAGCAACAACAAAUAAAACGACAGAAAGAGGAAGAAGAGCUACAAGAUGAAGCGCCACUAAAACAGCAAAAUUUGGUUGAUGCUGUACAGCGGGAACAAGAUCAACAAAUGGGUAUUCCGUCUCAGCUUGAGGAGUCUAAACUAGUUAACUCCAUUGAUCACCACCCAGCUAUGAUAGGGAUGGAGGGUGCUGAGGAUGCAAGAGAAAACCCGUGGAGUUUUUGCUUGGAUACAGGGGGUUACGACCCCCUCUUGGUUCCGGAUAUUCCCUUUGAUGAAGAUGGCGGGCUGCUUGAUUUAUUCAAUCAGACCAAUUUUGAAGAGAAUAUUGAUAUGAUGUUUGAAGGAGAAGGAAAUUUGAUUAGUUUAGAUGACACCUUCUUCGAUGGCACAGACGUCAUAGGUUGUCAAACUUCCGAGGAAUUAGACAAGAAGAUGGAGAUUGUGCCAAAGGUAGAGGAGAAUUCACUUUCGUUUUCAUCGUCCUCUCCAUCAUCUCCGUCUUCGAUUACUAGCUUAGACUCAUGUCAGCUGUAACGCUCAUACAGCGUUUAUGCAUUUUAAGAACUGUUUCUUCUUCUUUCCCCCUCUUUUCAAAUUUUAGUUUAGUUUCUCGUUUUCAGGCUCUUGUUUUAGCUUUGUGUUUGUUUUAAUUUGUCUGGCUUUAGUUUUUCUUUUCUUUUUUAUAAAAAAAAAAGGUUAGUUGUUGAAUUGAAGAUCUUAUGAAUGAAUAGGAAGAAUUCCAAACAUGUCAUUAAUCUUCUGUUGUAGGAAAAUCAAAAUUUUGUUUCUUGAAUUUGAGGUUUUUUUCAUGUGGGAGAAAAAAAAUUAUUCACUCCAUUUCAUAAUAUAGUGCCUAUUCCAUUUUACAUAAACCUACAUAUUGAGACGUAUUUAACAAUACACUUCUACUUUUUUUUUCUUUUUUUUGGCAUUGAAAAACUGUGGAAUGAAAAACUGUGGUCAAAAUUUGAUUGAAUGGAAAUAGACAUUACUCAUAGAUUAUGAAACGGAGGGAGUAAGAAAUAAGCAUAAUGUUAUGAAUGUGAGGCACGUUUUUUCUAAUAUCUAACCUCUUUUUAUUUGUGAAAAGCAAACUAAAGUCAAGAUCAUUAAGUGGAUAAUGGAUUAUCAAGGUCAACUGAAUUUAACUUUGGAAGCUGUUUUUGUGUGGGUGGAAAGUGGAUAGGGAAAGUACAUUGAAUAUCUUUCUCUUUUCAAAAAUCACAAAAUUUGAAGAUUUUUGGCCCAAUUUCAAUUGGACUGUACUGAAUCGGAACUUGGGACCAAAUAAAUAGUGACUUGUUGGGAUAAGAUUGUAAGUUUGUAACGCACAUACGCAAUAGUAAUCCUUUUUAUUUUUUAAUUUGUUUUGGCAACGUAAUAUUAAUCCUUAUAGAUUCAUAACAUGCUCGAUAGAGCAUGA